UCUGUCACAAAACUGCAUGGAGAGAGUUUCGCCAGAUAUGGGACUCUUACGAAGUUCUCACGAAUCUCAGACAGCCGGAAAGGAAAGAGCACCGAAUGGCAACAUUUAUAACAUGCAUUGGCUACGAAGCUCUCCGGAUUUACAAUGCACUACCUUUUCUGACGAAGCAGAGAAAGGAGAUCUUGACCGAGUGCUAGACAAGAUGCAAAAGUAUUGUCUGUGAGAAACCAACGUUAUCUAUGAACGGUUUCGAUUCAAUGGCAAAACACAGCAAGACGAGCGAGUGAAACUACAGCAUUGCAGAUGAAAGAUAUGUCUGCACAUGAUACGGUGCAUGCGAUGGCCGUGCGAGCGCAGAGAUGGCCAAGCAACAGGGCAAGCCGACGACGAAUGCGAAGCGAAGGUGAGAACGUAUGCAAAUAUUGUGGUAAAUGUCACAGGCGUGGACGACGAUACUGCAAGGCAUUUGGGAAACAAUGUCAGGCGUGCCACAAGAUGAAUCAUUUUACUCACAUGUGCAAGUCGAAAGCAACAGCGACGACCAUGAAAAAGAGCAUAGCAAAGCUACACCUUGUCGAAGGUGAUAUGUCAAGCAGUGACACAGAUAGUCCAGAAUACGGAAAUGACAGAUUGGUGAGUUUGACGUUGACUCCAGACGAUGACGAGUCAGUCAAUGUGCUAAACGACUCCGCUACUACAUAUCCAAACAGAUUGUAUGCUAAUCUACAUGUCAAACGAUGGCAGAUCAAGUUUCAAAUUGACACAGGUGCCACGUGUAACGUCAUUAGGCGACAGGAGGUGCCCAUAUCAACGCGUUUAGAGCAAACAAAGCAAGUGUUAACGCUGUAUGACGGAAGCAGGAUCAAGCCUCUGGGCAGAUGCACAUUAGGAGUGAGAAAUCCAAAGAAUGGGAAUGUUUUCGGAGCAAGUUUGUGGUUGUUGACUACGCUGGAACAGAGUCGAUUAUUGGAGCUUCCUCGGCGCAAGAAAUGGGUCUUAUACAGCUGAAUAUGGAGAAUGUGCAAGCUACCACCACUCAGCAAACACAACAAAGCCACAAGACAAAACCAAUGACAAAAGAGAGCAUGCAGCAGCAAAGUGAUUGGGAGAAAGA